AUGAACGAAUUCCGCCUCUUUCGCCUCUCUGCCCUCUUGUAUUGGUAUAUAUGGGUCUCUCAAGCUGCAGCCCAAUACCAGGGCUUCGCUCCCUUGAAAAAUGAGGAACUGAUGUACACGAUUCGUGUCCCAGAAGGUACCGCUCAUGUGGGAGAAGGCCCGCUUUACUUUCAAAUGAAUACAUCUCGAUCUAUUGAGUGGUUUGCACUCGGCCAAGGAGUUGCUAUGCACGACUCUUCCAUGUUUGUGGUUUAUGCCUCGGACGAUAAUGUGACUCUUUCUCCCCGAGCCGGUAAAGGUCACUAUGAGCCAUUGUACGACAAGAAUUUGCGCGCCUCGCUCAUCGAUGGAACCGGAAUCCACGAUGGUGUUCUCACUGCUAACGUUCGGUGCGAUAGCUGCAGGCUUGCAAUGGGGAGCCCCACGAACCUGAGCAAUGCGUUCAGUCCCUGGAUCUGGGCAAUCAAGUUCGGAGGGUCGAUGAGUACACACAGGCUGACUGCGAGAAUUGCCGAGCAUGACGCUUUUGGUACCUUUUUCGUCAACCUUGCCAAGGCCAAGGGUCCCGAUAGCACCAAUCCCCUCCUGAAUAUCGAUAGGAGAUCAGUUUCACCGGCGUGGACUCAGCCCUUUGAUCAUGAUGGAUUUGAUCGCAAAAGAACCAGCCAUGCAGUUCUCAUGACGCUGUCUUUUGCCUUGCUUUUCCCACUGUCUGCGCUGACACUUCAAAUUCUCAAAUCCUCACGAACAGUGAGAAUCCAUGCCUCCUUGCAAUUGUUUAGCCUCGUAGUGACAGUUGCCGGAUUUGGGCUGGGAGUCGCCAUGGCAAAAGACGUGCAUCUUCUUCGAAAUCACCACGCAAUCAUUGGAUUUGUGGUCGUUUGUUGCCUUGUUCUUUUUCAACCUGUGAUGGGUUUCUUGCAACAUCGCUACUUCCGGAGGACCGGAGGAGGAAAGGGUCCCUUUGCCUAUUUGCACUGA